AUGAAGACUCUUUCUUUAGCACUAUUUUCCACCCUCGUCCACAACGGUCUGGCCAUUCCAACAGAAGAAUGUCCCAUCCUAGGCCCCGUAACACCCUCGGGCUUCGAUCUCUCCACCUUUGAAGUCGUUAAAAACGCCACAGACGGAUUUCCAGCCAUCAUUGAAUCGUUUUUCAAGAAUGGCAUCCUCAAUAAAACGCAAACAUCCUUUGCCAUUAAUGUCUUUUCCACGGCUACCAACGAAAGUCUCUACUCGUACUAUCAUGCCGCUGAAGCCCUCAAUGAUACAUUGUCUACAGGCAAGCUCGAUGACGGUACUGCCUUUCGCGUUGGUAGUGUGAGUAAGCUUUUCACUGCUUAUGCAAUUCUUGUCAAGGAGGGCUUUGAUGUCUGGGAUAAGCCGGUUACCGAGAUUCUGCCUGAGUUGGCGGGAAAUAAUAAGAGUGAGCCUCUUGAGAGGAUUAUUUGGGAGGAUGUUACCGUUGGCGCGCUUCUGUCCCAGCAGGGUGGUUCGGGAGGUGUUCCUCUUGAGAUCAGUGCUUUUUGCACAAACGAUACUGCUCCAGGAUGUGGAUUUGAAGACUUCCUUGUCGUAAUGAAGGAGCGAAAACGUCCUGUUGUUCUGCCAUUCGAGACUCCGGCCUAUUCAGAUGGCGGCUACGCCAUGCUGGGUGGUAUACUGCAUCGCCUCACCGGAAUGCCCUACCACGACGCCAUCCAGAGCAUCCUAUCUGAGCCACUGGGUCUCAAUGUCUCUGGCUCAGUGGAGCCUGAGGGUGAUGACCGUAACGUUUUGGCUGUCCCUGGAAACGCAUCAGUAUCUUCGUGGGGUCAAGAUAGACAGGUUCUAGCAGGUACUGGCGGCGUGUACUCCAACAGCGCCGAUCUCCGAAAACUCGGUCUUUCUAUUCUCAACUCUGAACUCCUGUCUCCUGCCGACACCCGCCGCUGGAUGAAACCACUUGGCAACACAGCUUCUCUAACAAACAGCGUCGGCGCCCCUUGGGAAAUCUACCGUCUGACUCUUCCCGUCUCUCCCAACUCCAAUCGUACUCGUGUUUCCGAUCUUUACACCAAGCUCGGUGGUAAUGUUGCUUACGCUGCAGUUAUCGCUCUCUCGCCUGAUCAUGGUAUUGGAUACAGUAUUCUCACUGCUGGUGACGGUGCAAUUCCUGCACGAAUCCCUCUCAGGAACGCUGUUGGUACUGCUUUCGUCACUGCUGCCGAGUGGGCUGGGUGGGAGAAUGCGAAGAGGACUUAUCCUGGUGUUUAUGUUGAUGAUAAACGCGAGGGUACGAAUUUGACUAUCAGUGUCGAAGAAGGUCGACCUGGACUUGGUCUAGAUUCAUUUUUCAUCAAUGGAACCGAGGCGCGCGCCUCUUUGUUCUCACCCUUGUCGGAAGAAUUGUUUGGCGAUGACAUUCUCGUUCGUCUAUAUCCUAUCGGAGCCAAGAAAGUCGAGGGAUCAAAACAAUUCAUUUCUUAUCGCGCUAUUCCUCAGGUCCCACCCAUUGAGCCUCGUGCUGCGGUUGAAGGAGGAGAGGGUCUGUUUGAUGAUGGCUGCAUGGCUUGGGCGAGUGUUGGGUUCUUCGAUGAUAGUGAUGAGUUUACUUUUGAGGUUGAGGAUGGGAAAGUUGCUGGUGUUACUAAUCGGGCUUUGAUUGAUGUUAUGAGAUCGACUUUCAAGCCUGAGUCGGAGGACUAA